AUGGAAGAAGUAAAAAGUAAUAUUUUAUCGAAACAUAAUACAACAUCUAUUGAUGGAAAACAAAUCAUUUGGACACCAGCUACUCGUUUUAAUUCACAUAUGAAAAGUGAACCAUUAAAAAGACGAGAACAAUUAAAACAACCACCACGUCUGAGACAAAAUCAACAAACAAAUGGAUGUUUAUCUGAUGAAUCCAAUGAUCCAUUUAAUACUGAUAUGAAUAAAACUCCGAAUGAUUUGUUAUCUUCAAAACCAUCACUUGUAUAUAAUUCGAUAGAACGACGUGAAAAAAAGCAAGUUGGAAUAGUAAAACCUUUAUUAACAGUUGAAAAAGAAAAUAAUCUAUGGAAUUGUUCCGAAUUAGAACGUCUUCAAAGACGUUUCUCUGAAUUAAUUGAUGGAAAAACACAUGAAGAUAAAACAUUACCGCGAAAUAAAAAUGAACUUAUUGAACGUAUUGAAUCACUUUAUUCAUCAAUUGGUUCACAUGUCUAUGUUUCACCAUGUUUAGUACGUUUAUUUAUUUUAACUGAUUUUCAAGUAUGUUCAUUAGAACAAUGGAAAUUAAUUCAUCGUGGUUAUCCAUUAUGGUUAUAUAAUACUGGUUUAAAUCCUCGUCGUUCAUCUGAACUUCGUUUAAUAAUUGUUGAUGAAAAAACCGGUUUUAUUCUAUGGUCUGAUCGUAUAACAUCAAUAUCAAAUAUAAUUCAACCAACAAAUUUAACACUUUCAUUUCGUCAUUCAUUAAAUAAUUCCUCGAUUAUGAUACGUUUUGAAUUAAAUGAUGAAAAAUUUUUUACAAGAUUUUAUUCAUAUUUAAAACAAAAUCAAUUUUAUACUGAUAAAAUAUUAAAAAAUCAUAUUUCGAAACGUAUGAUAAGAAAAAGUGAUAUAUCACCACCAUGUCAUUUUAAACAUUUAAAUCAUAUCGAUGAAAAUAUUAUAGAUGUUCAUCAUUAA